AUGUCAAGACAUAGAUUUUUAAAGAAUAUGGAUGGUGAUGACUUUGAAGAUUUUAAAGAGGAAGAUGACCUUGGAGAAUAUGAUGAUGAAGUCUAUGAUGUUUAUGAUGUAGUUGUUGAAAAAUUCCCCGAUAUUACAUAUCCAGAGAUUGAAAAAGUUUUAAUGGAUUUUGAUUACAAUGUUGAUGAUGCAAUUGAUUUUAUAUUAAAUGGGGGUUUAAAUAAUAAAGGAAAGAAAAAAAAUAAUAAAAAACCACCACAAGCAGUUAAUAUUAUUAACAACAACAACAAUAAUAAAAAAUCGGAACCAGUAAACACAAAUAAAUCAACUUCAAAAGGUCAAAGACGACCAAGAAAAUCCACAUCAGAAAAUAAUAAUAGUAAUAAUAAUAGUAAUAAUAACGAUGAUGAUGAUGAUAAUAAUAAAAAUAAAAAUAAUAAUAAUAAUAAUAAAAAUAAUAAUGGAUAUAAACCGUCAUCUUUAGCACAAGAUUUAUCAGCUAUCACAAAUACAAUAUCUAAUAUUAAAAUAAUCAAUGAUAAGGAGUUUUCAUUUCAAUCACUUUAUAAAAAUAAUAAGGAUAAUGUAACAAAUUCAUUAAAAACAUUAUCAAUUGGUGGAAAUAACAAUAAUAAAGUACCAGUUGAAUCAAAAACACCAUACAAUACACCAAUAGGAACACCAAUUAAUGAUAAAAAUUUACCACAUUCACCAAAAGAAUCAUUAAUUGAUUCAAUAAAUGCAACAACAGUUAAUAAAAAUUUAAAUGUAAAACAACAUAGUAUAAAUAGAAAGAAAGAAUUAGAAGAGAUGGUACAUGUUGCAUUUUCAAGUAGUGAUAAUAAACCACAUUUGAAUAUGGUAGUGAUUGGACAUGUUGAUGCAGGUAAAAGUACAACAAUGGGACAUAUAUUAUUUAAGUUGGGAUAUGUAGAUAAGAGAACCAUGUCAAAGUUUGAAAAUGAGUCAAAUAGAAUGGGUAAAUCAUCAUUUCAUUUCGCAUGGGUAUUGGAUGAACAAGAGGAAGAACGUGAGCGUGGUGUAACUAUGGAUGUUUGUGUGCGUUACUUUGAAACAGAGCAUAGAAGAAUCACACUAUUGGACGCACCAGGUCACAGAGAUUUCAUACCAAAUAUGAUCAGUGGUACAACUCAAGCAGAUGUUGCAAUAUUAUUAAUUAACGCAUCAGAAUUUGAAGCAGGUUUCUCAGCGGAGGGUCAAACUAAAGAACAUGCUUUACUCGCAAAAUCAUUAGGUAUCAUGGAAUUAAUUGUAGCAGUCAAUAAAAUGGAUUCAAUCGAAUGGGAUCAAUCACGUUACGAUUACAUUGUAGAAACCAUUAAAACCUUUUUAGUUCAUGCAAAAUUCAACGAGAAGAACAUUAGAUUCAUACCAAUUUCCGGUUUCACAGGUGAGAAUUUAAUCGAUCGUCAAGAAUCAAAACUUUUGAAAUGGUAUGAUAGCAAACAACCUACCCUUAUAGAGUGUAUCGACUCAUUUAGUGUUGGUGAACGUUUAUUGAAUAAACCAUUCAGAAUGAACAUUAGUGACGUAUAUAAAUCAUCAAGUAAAGGUUACGUUGCAGUUGGUGGAAAGAUUGAAGCUGGUUUAUUGGGUAAUGGUGAUAAGAUUUUAAUUUCACCUGGUAAUGAUAUUUGUACAAUUAAAUCCAUUCGUAGAAAUAAUCUCGAGUCUGAAUGGGCAGUCGGUGGUGAUAAUGUUGAUUUAUCAUUGGUCGUAGAGAAUCCUUCAAUUUUACGUGUUGGUUGUAUCCUUAGUGAUCCAGAAAAACCAAUACCUCUAUCAAAACGUUUCAUCGCUCAAAUCGUCACUUUCACUCUACCAAUCCCAAUGACCAAUGGUUAUCAAGUGGUUUUCCAUGCUCACUCAAUGGAAGAACCUGCAACCAUUACACGUUUAAUUAGUUUAUUGGAUUCAAAUGGUGCCGUUUCAAAAAAGAAUCCAAGAUGUAUUUCUGAUACUUGUACUGCUUUAGUAGAAAUUACAUUGGGUAGAUUAUCUUGUUUAGAACUCUAUAGUUCCUAUAGACAAUUAGGUAGAUUCACUUUAAGAAAUGGUGGUGUUACAAUUGCUGCUGGUUUAAUCACUGAAUUUUAUGAUAAUCCACCUAAAAAAUCUUCUUCAUCACCUUUAACAACUACAACAACAACAACAUCAAAUAAAAAAUAA